CAUACCUCUGGUUAAAGCAAACAGACAUAGACGGAGUCUUUACAACUGCCAUCAUUAGCAAAGUGAAAUAGGCCAUACCCUUUCCUUUACUUCCUUUAUAUUUUUUUAUUUCUUUCUCCAAUUUUCAAUAUUAUUUUUGAGGGCCAUCUCUUUUAUCGAAGCUUUUGUGCUUUCUUGUAAAAGGGGAGUCAUUUUGAGAGGGUCAAUAAAACGGCUAAAUUUGCUGGUUCUUCGCUGGUGAGAAGCGGAGAUCGUGGUUGGGGUUUGUUUUGAAGCAGGGGGACUUGCUCAUUUGGCAAGGGUUUUUGAGGGGAUCUAUUGAUCAUUUCGUGGUUGCUGAUCUGGUUUUGGGAGAAGUUGCAAAAGUGGGGUUUCGAGAUUGGUGGAAUUUGUCUGGUGGGUAGAUUAUAAUUUCAAAAGGAAAAACAAAGGGGAAAGCAGAAUCAAAAUGUGGUGGAUGAUGAGUGAAAACGGUGGACAUUACUGCUCCAAGAAGACUGAUGAUAUCUGCGGUGAUGUUUGUGGCCAGGACUCGGGCAGAGUUUUGAGCAUGUCCAGACUCCGCUGUAUCCUCCGUGGCAUAGAUUUAAAGACCAUGUUAUUUCUAUUCAUUCUUGUGCCAACAUGUGUCUGUGUUAUCUAUGUGCAUGGACAGAAGAUCUCAUACUUCCUGAGACCACUAUGGGAAAAACCGCCCAGAACCUUCAAUGAAAUCUCACAUUAUUAUCAUGAAAAUGUGUCGAUGGAGAACCUCUGCAAGCUCCAUGGGUGGAAGACUCGUGAGUUUCCUAGGCGUGUUUAUGAUGCAGUUUUGUUCAGUAAUGAGCUAGAUAUUCUCAAAAUACGGUGGAAAGAGUUGUACCCUUAUGUCACACAGUUCAUUCUUCUUGAAUCUAAUUCAACAUUUACUGGCACUGAAAAGCUUCUCUAUUUUGCAAACCAUCGGGAUGAGUUCAAAUUUGUGGAACCCAGAUUGACUUAUGGAACUGUUGGAGGGAGAUUUAGGAAAGGAGAGAACCCAUUUGUUGAGGAGGCAUAUCAGCGAGUAGCAUUGGAUCAGCUUAUUAAAGUAGCGGGGAUCUCUGAUGAUGACUUGUUGAUAAUGUCAGAUGUAGAUGAGAUACCAAGCAGGCAUACUAUUAAUCUCUUGAGAUGGUGUGAUGAUAUACCUUCAGUUCUUCAUCUUCGGCUGAAGAAUUAUCUCUAUUCUUUUGAGUUUCUCAUGGAUAAUAACAGCUGGAGAGCUUCAAUCCACAGGUAUCAGUCAGGGAAGACACGGUAUGCACAUUAUCGCCAGGCAGAUGACAUUUUGGCAGAUGCAGGGUGGCAUUGUAGCUUUUGCUUUCGUCGAAUAAGUGAGUUUACAUUCAAGAUGAAAGCUUACAGCCAUUAUGAUAGAGUCAGAUUCAAGCGUUUUUUGAACCCUGAAAGAGUCCAGCAAAAAAUAUGUGAGGGUGCUGAUUUGUUUGAUAUGCUUCCAGAGGAGUACACUUUCAAGGAAAUAAUUGGAAAAAUGGGACCAAUUCCUCAUUCCUACUCAGCUGUUCACCUACCAUCCUAUCUAUUAGAAAAUGCUGAUAAGUAUAAAUUUCUCUUGCCUGGGAAUUGCAUGAGAGAAAGUGGGUAAUUUUCUUAGGUAAGUUUCAGUAUCUAUUUCUGUAAAGCUUAGGCAGAGAUAUGCUGCUUCUGAGACUCCUUAUGAAGGUCCAAGCGCGAACGUGUGACAACUGUGGUAUGUCACCGGUGCACGCCAACUAAAUUCGGAAAUGUUUGGAGAGUUGGGUGAAUUCUUGGAUUUCAUAGGGUCAAAUUAUGUAUAUAGCUGUCUUCUGGAUUUGGGUUUUUAUUCAAAGGCAGAACAUAUCCAUUUGAGCUGAUGGAGAACUUGCUGUGAUGGUAACAGCCGAGUCAUUACUGGGCAUUUGUGUACUUCUCUUACUAUGGGUAGAACUUGAUUUUACAAGUACUCCAAAAAAUAGUUUGAGCUUCUGAUUUCCCCCUAUAGGGGAGUUUUGUUAUGAGAAGAUUUAUUCCUCCAUGUCAUUAACACCUUGAUUCGUUAUAUUUGUUUGCAUUUUUUAUCCUCCUUUAAUCACAAAUUCUCUAAAGCUUCUUUCAAAGAAAGUAAUUUGCUGAUGGUUUCUCAGCUGUUAACUGAGUGUAGCCAUUUCUAGUUUGUAUGUUUACAAUGUGUCGAGGAUUCCCAGAAAUCAUCCUUUCGUUUGAAUUACAGCAGCUGUAAUGGUUAAAAAUCAGAUCGACUCUUACGUUGGCAUUAUCAAAACGGAGACAAUUACCAAGCUUGAUGUCCGUCUCAACCAUUAUUAUACAAUGCAUGAUGACAAAGAAGCCAGUAUACGAACAUGCAGCAAGAUUCUACAUGUCUGGUUAUGGGUACAAGUGGAUAUUUUUUGGCGGUGAUUCUUUCUCUUGCUUUCCUUGUUAAAACGUCUUCCUAGAUAUGACCGUUAAGCUAUCAUUUACUUAGUAUUCAGCAAUGUCAUAUAAUGUCGGAAACAGCUUGCCCUGUAAUGGAACACCUAUUGUGAUUUUUUCCAAAUGUAAGUUUGAAUAAUUCUGAAAGGUAGGCCAUUGCUUCUCUGGCAAUGAAGCUGGCAGUAGCUGGGCAGUUAUUCCCCUCUUAGAUCAGAUUAAUUAAAAUUAAAUCUAAAAUUGAAUUGAAUUGAGGUCAAUUUUGAUUUAGUCCAUUAGCCACGUCUAGCUCACUAAUGUGGUGGCACUUGGGCCCUACUUUGUUUUAUGCAUAUUAAAGGCUUAAUUUGGUGGGAAUCAAGAAUAAAUCAACAUGGUGGCAUCCAUGGAAAAUAUUUUAAAAAUUGGAAAUUAAAAAAAAAAAUGAGAGAAGAAUAUUUGCAUCUGCGUAUUGAUUUUAUGAGGAGUUGGCUGGCAGGGCAAGAGGCAGGAUUGGCAUUCAAGCCUCAGGUCUAGGUGGUUGGGAUUAAAAAUGCUAAUGGGUCCAUGCCACGUUUCACAAACAUGACCAAAUUUAUUGUGAAAAGGCUACAUACGGAGACCUUGUGAAACGUAUUUGGGAAUAAAGCCAGGUUCUUUGUGUAGGACAAGAAAAUAUCGAGAAAAUUACAAUAUAUUAAUAUGGAUAUUUUAAAGAGACAAGUAAGUUAUAAUCGCAUUGAACUUUGCUUGGGAAAGUUUUUAAUUUCAACCUGAUAUUAUGAAUGCAUAUUUUAGUAUCUUUCAUGCAAAUAUGCAAUUUCCAAAAAAGAUCGUCCUUGCCUUUAGUAGCUCCAACUCAUCCUUGAGCAAUUUUGAUAAAAUUUUCUUAUACAAGACAAUUGCUAAUAUAAAGCUUGAUAAAUAAUGUUCAAGUAAUAAUCUAUGCAUAUGCAACAUUUUCUAUUCUACUUAUUAUUUCAUGGAAAAAUCAAAAUAUACAGGACAAAAAAAGGGUGUUUGGAGGAAUGUGAAUCAUGUCCCACUUUUGUUUUAGAAAUAUGUAUUUCCUGACCAUAGCACUCCUUGAAAGCAUAGCGUCCACUCAAAUUGGAGAAUACAAAUAGCGAUUUUUUUUUUUAUUAAAAAAUUGCUCAUGAGAAUGAGAUGCAGCCUUAACUUUAUUUGGAAAAAAAAAAAAAAAAAAACCUUCAAGCUUAUAAAUAUCAGUUUGAUCCGCAAGGAAAUGCACAGCCAAGAAACCCAAAACUUAAGCUUUUGUUGCUAGUGAUUGUAAAUCAACUUCAACAAAAAUGCGAAGAAGUUUUGGGUUCCAACAUCAGAACUUUUCCACGCAAGAAGAAUCAUGGUACGCAUUACAGCCAUGUAUCUAGCAUCCAGAUGCUGCCAAGGCCUUGCUCUCCUAAGCCCUCAAAGCACCACCAAACCAUGUUCAAUCAUGGAAGCCUGUUUGUGGCAUGGAUGGUACCCUAUUUUCAGAGGAUGACAUGUUCAACAACGCAACUGUGGAUGGUGAAUUCAGAACUGCUGCUAAUCGCCGCCUGGUGCUGGUGCAUUCUCCAGCACAGGCAGUGAAUGUGGAAGAGUACAGGUAUGAGCAUAGCAGUUGGUAUGCUGAUGGUGGCCAGUGCCAAACACUUGAUAAUAACUUCAAUUGGAAGCUCAGUGGCUGCAAGAAUUUCUAAAGUAAACGUCAGAGGGGGAGGUUUGACACGGGAGCUGCCAUUUACAUUAAGAAAGUAAAACUGUGCUUGCAUAUGUAUCUGUUGGUUUCUUGCAACUGCUAAAAGUAUUAAAUAAAAAGGCCCCCUCUGUUGUUACUGCAAAAUCCAUCCUUCAUCUACAAAGCUACCCUCCUACCAGCUUUGCAAGUCUCAGCAAAUCAAUCUGGAUGAACAAAAACUCAUUAACUUUUGACUUGGUGAUAAAAAAUUUGAAAACGUUUAGCAUAGGUAGGCUUGGACCAACUUGCUUGGAGAACCAAACAAAGCCUAAUGAUUCAAGUCACGUAUCUGAUUAGAAGUUUCACCAGAAUACUUCAAAGUUUCGCAGGAUGACAAGCUACAACUGGAUGGCUUUCAUCCGUCAAUUGUUUUCCGUAAUAUAUGUUUAUGAGCACAUGGAGAUUAUCCCACACCAGCACAUAGUAUAUUCCAGAGAAAGGCAUAAAAUUCCCCACUAAUAUCUCAACUUGGUCUAAAUACAAAGCUCAUUGCUUCACUUUCCAGAUUCUUUUAUUCAUAAGGAUGGCUAAAAAUUACAUCAUCCAGGUCAAAAGGUGAAGGUAUCAGAUUCACUCUCAUCAUAAAACUGGUCUAUAAAAACCCAGUUCUUGCCAAAAGAUACAAUCAAAAGACAUUGUAGUUUCAGAGCCUGUCCAUAAGCAAGAAAAAGUGACUGAAAAUGUCCGACCAAUAUCAACAUCACCAUCAUCAUCAUCAUGCCAAAAGCCCCACCAACAAUUGGGAUGCCUCAUAUGACAGCUUCCAGGACUCAUCAUUCAACAAUGGAUACAUGUAUUUUCUUGAUCCUCCAAAGAGGAAUCAUGUUGCAGAACAUCAUCAGGAACCACCUAUUUGUGUUAAGCUGGGUGAUAAAGAAAUCUGCAGUGAAAGUGUUGAUACUGUAGCUGAGGAGUUCAUUAAGUUAGAGCACAAGAGGUUCUGAUAUAACAAGUGGAUAUGUGGUUGCCUGGCUGAGAAAUUACAAGCAGCAAUCCAUCUAUGCAACAAAGCUUCAGUCUGGGUAAUUUCUACCCAGCCCAUAAAUAACUUUGUAUGCAAAUAAGACUACAUAUAUGAUUAUUGGUAUAGCCUUUGUAUCUCCUACUCUCUCCCUUUCAUUUCUCUGAUAUUGUAAUUAAUUACUGUGGUAAUUUCUCCAUAUUUUAUCUAUUACUUUUAGUCCA